CUGCUAGUCCGGACUACCUUGAUGUGUGCUGACCCCCUCGCUCAUCGCUGCGCAGCUGCUGAGCAUGGAACGCAGCUUGUUGCCGCAGACAUUGGACGCUGCCUGGCCUGCUAGUGGACUUGGGCCCAGAUUCGAGGCCCAGGCGAGUGGCAAUGGCUCCGUCCUGGAUAAUGUGCUGCCGGAUAUGGCGCACCUGGUCAAUCCAUAUUGGAGCCGCUUUGCGCCGAUGGAUGCCACAAUGAGCAAGAUUCUGGGCCUGUUCACGCUGGCCAUCAUGAUCAUCUCGUGCUGCGGCAACGGAGUGGUUGUCUACAUCUUUGGCGGCACCAAGUCGCUGCGCACGCCCGCCAAUCUGCUCGUCUUGAAUCUGGCCUUCUCGGACUUUUGCAUGAUGGCCUCACAGUCGCCGGUCAUGUUGGUCAAUUUCUACUACGAGACAUGGGUCUUGGGUCCGCUGUGGUGCGAUAUUUAUGCAGUGUGUGGCUCAAUGUUUGGCUGUGUUUCGAUUUGGUCCAUGUGCAUGAUCGCCUUCGAUCGCUACAACGUCAUUGUGAGGGGCAUCAAUGGAACGCCCAUGACAAUCAAGCUGUCCAUCAUGAAGAUUCUGUUCAUUUGGCUGAUGGCCACGUUCUGGACCAUAAUGCCCCUGAUCGGCUGGAGCAGCUACGUGCCGGAGGGGAAUUUAACCGCCUGCAGCAUUGACUACAUGACCAGGCAAUGGAAUCCACGCUCCUAUCUCAUAACAUACUCGAUAUUCGUCUACUAUGUGCCGCUGUUUCUCAUCUGUUAUUCGUACUGGUUCAUAAUUGCGGCCGUGGCAGCACACGAGAAGGCCAUGCGUGAGCAGGCCAAGAAGAUGAACGUCAAGUCGUUGCGCAGCUCGGAGGACUGCGACAAGAGCGCCGAGGGCAAAUUGGCCAAGGUGGCAUUGACGACUAUUUCGCUGUGGUUUAUGGCCUGGACACCGUACCUGGUCAUCUGUUACUUUGGCCUGUUCAAGAUCGAGGGACUGACCCCGCUCACCACCAUUUGGGGCGCCACAUUUGCCAAAACCAGCGCCGUCUACAAUCCCAUUGUUUACGGCAUAAGUCAUCCCAAGUAUCGAGUGGUGCUCAAAGAGAAGUGCCCCUUCUGUGUUUGCGGCAAUACUGAUGAGCCCAAGCCCGAUGCUCCCGCUGGGGACACAGAUACCACAUCAGAGGCGGAAUCAAAGGCCUAAAUAUGUAUAUGUAAAAAAUUCUAAAAUGCUC